CACAUGUCAGGAUCCAGGAAGCUCGCCCUGUCCGGAGUGCUGGGGAUGGCGGGCUCCAUAUAUAACAACCUGGUGGCGAAGCUGGUGAUGACUGGUGACUCCAAUGUGGGCAAGACGUGUAUAGUGAGCAGGUACACAGAGAACAGCCUGCCCUCCUACCUCUCCACAGUGGGCAUUGAUUUCAAGACAAAGACAGUCCACAUUGAUGAGACUCCGUUAAAGCUUCAGAUCUGGGACACAGCGGGACAGGAGAGGUUCCACACGCUAAGUGUCAGCUACUUCCGUGGUGCUCAUGGAUUUGUUCUUGUUUACGACAUCACAAAUUCAGUCUCGUUUGAAAAUACAUCUUUAUGGAUGAAAGACAUUAAAAUGAAAGCUGGUGAAGACGUGGAGGUAGUUCUCCUGGGAAAUAAGUGUGACAGGGAAGACGAACGCGAGGUUUCGAAAGAAAGAGGGGAAAAGCUGGCUUGGGAAUAUGGUAUACCGUUUUUUGAGACAAGUGCUAAGGAAAAUAUCAAUAUUGAGAAGGCUUUCCAAAUGUUGCUAGAAACCAUAUAUGCAAAGAGGUCGUCCGUAUUAGUCACUCAAAAUGUGGUGCACUUGAAAAAAACGAGGAAAACUUCAUCCUGUAUGAGCUGCAGGUAAUCGAGAGUCAAAAAAACUGUGUAAAUGCACUUCAAGAAAGAUCCCGAUCUACAACAUCAUGCAGUAUUUUGUGGCUAAACACUGGAACAGAUGUCAGAUGUACUGUAUAUAUCCAGUACAGUAUGUACACAGUUACAAACUAACCGCUGCACUGACAAUUGCUUGUGUGUAUAUGUACUAUAUUUUAUAUAUAUAUGAUAUAUUUGUGCUUGUGUGUACACUAUUAUAAUGCUGUGUUAAAGUGAAACUCUACCUUUGCUGUAAUUUUCACAUUUGCUGGUAUAACACCUGCCUACAGUAGGACAUACACAGCCCCCAAUAUGAAGUGGUCUUUACUAGUAUAUGUGGUGUCCUCGAUGCUAGACACCACACAAGCCCUGGUCAAAACUUCCUUUGCUUUAGGGCUCAUGCACACAAACGUCAUUGUUGUCUGUGUUCGUUCAGUUUUUUUGCGGCCUGUAUGCAGAACUAUUCAUUUCAAUGGGGCCACAAAAAAAACUAA